UUCGAGUGGGUGUGCCCGUCCGUCCGCCUGUCAGUCUGCCUGCCUGCCUGUCAGUCUGCCUGCGUGCGUGCGUGCGUGUGAGCGUGAGAGAAAAGGGGCCAAGCGCAGCGUGCGUGAGCUUUUGCCAAGCGGCUUGUGUGCGUGUGUGUGUCGGCAGGACCAUCUCGCGUUGUUGGCCCUGUUAAAGGGUGAACUUCUUGGGCAUGUUGCGGCUUGCCUUUUUGCCCUUUCCAAACUUCCCGACUUUGACUUGUGACUUGAAGACCGACCACACAAUAGCGUAAACCUGUAAAGAAAACAGGGACCGACUUGAACGGGUGUCCUCCAAACAACGCUCAACAUGCUUCUCCACAUUCCUCUUGUCUGUGUUGGACUGUGUGCGCGUGUGUGUGUCUACGCGUAUCUGGCUGCUUUCUCACACUCAACAUGCUCCUCCGUGCUUUUCUUCGGGAACAUUGCGUCCACAAUGGAAGACUUGUUGCAGUCACGAAAGCUUUUGCGCGGUGGACGUGAAAGUUCGCGGCCACGUGCCCGUCUCACAUUUCCCGCACAGGCCCAGCUCUCGAAAGGAGCUCUUGAAAGUUGACGCUUCAAAGGAACAGAAGACUUGGACGUGCGAUCGAGCCGGGGCGGGCCGAGCUGAGCCGAGCUGAGCUGAGCUGAGCUGAGCUGAGCUGAGCCGAGCUGAGCCGAGCUGAGCCGGUCUCUCCUCCCGCGUGAGAAGCUCCGGGAAAGUUUGGCUUGAGGACAGAACCCCCCCCCCCCUUCGCUAGCGGAUGCUGCGGUCCGGCUCAAAGCGGAGCCAUCGGGGGCUGGCCACCUGGGGGAGUCUGAAGGCGGUUACAUGGACAUGGCGCUGCCCAGGUUCUCCCCGCAGAGGGGAUCCUUGACCUGGUCCGUCGGCACACGGAACCGAGCGGGAUGCGGCACGGAAGCACGGGACGCCGCCAGGCCAAAUGAGGAAAGAAGGAGCGAAGAAGUUGAGGGGCAGCGAAGAGACCAGAACCAAAAAGAGGGCAAAGUGUCCCGGGAACGAGGUGACGAGAACCUUAAAGCAGCCCGGGAAGGGCGGAACGAGGAAGUAAGCGACGGCGCGCGGGGAGACCGAGGACCACGUGACCACAAAGGAGGAGGACGUGAUGAGGGAGAAGCGGGCGCCGAAGGAGGAGGGGCCUUCAAAGCUGAGCCUGCAAUCCAAAUGGAAGAUGAAGACGGAGGCCACAAACAGCCCAGCAAAGGACAGCGGCCCCCAACGCUGACACACACGCCCACUGGAGCCUGCUGGGAACAAAACACGCAGCCACUGGCCACGCCAGACGCCUGUUCUGAAAAGCUCCUGAAACAAGUCGACUCUCAGGACUCACUUUCAGAACCGGGGCACCCGGAGGAAGGCCCAGGCGGUCCCGCUGACGGCCAAGGCGGUCCCGCUGACGGCCAAGGCGGACCUGCUGACAUCCAAGACGGACCCGCUGACAUCCAAGACGGACCUGCUGACGGCCAAGGCGGACGUACUGUCGGCCAAGGCGGUCCUGCUGAGGAUUCUCCCUUUGAAGACUCUUUUUGGACGCAAGACUGUCGUUGCAAAGAGGGUGCCGCGCACGACGCUGGCGGUAAAAAGCUGGCGGAAGGUGCCCACGGCGAGAGGCGUCCCAAAGGCUUUGAGCGCCCAGAGGACCCUCCUUGCCAAAGCAAGCACCAGGACGCCGAGCUGAGCCUGCCGAUGGACGCGGAUUCAGACUCGCGUCUGCGUGCGGACCCGGCGGCGCAGGUGCCGACCUCGCCCCGGGGCCUUUCUCAGCACGUGGAUGUCCGGCAGCUCCCGUGCCACUUGGGCUUCGGUCACGACAGCUGGUCGGCCUUCCGCUCCAGAGUGGAGCAGCUGAGCGCCCUGUGUGAGGAUGUGGUCAAGCUGCUGCAGAAGAACAUUGACGUGAUGGAAGACACGCGCCUGCCUGACACGCAGCAGGAUGCCGAGCGGCAGCUGGCCAUCUACCGGGAGUUGAUGCGCGGGGUCCUCGGAGACGGCCCAUUGGCGCGCCUGCAGCGGGAGGGCGGAGCCUGGUUGUCGCUGCUGCGACAGGAGCAGCGAGGGGAGCGGCGCCGCGCAGCGGCCGUGGCCGCCGUUGCCCGCCUGUACGAGCGGACGGACGAGCUGCUCCACCGCCUGGUGGCCUUGAACAACCACAGAACGCGACAGCUCCAGCAGCUCCUGCGGGAUUUGUGCUGCGCCGCUCGCGCCUUUGGACAGGUGAGCUCGUGGAUGGACGGGGAGCGCCAGGUGCGUCUCACCUGUCCAGACUGGACCGAGCAGUCGCCGGAGGCGCUCUGCCGGAAGCAGUGGGACGUGCGCGGCGCGCAGCAGCUGAGCUUUGCCAGCGCCCGGUGUCACGAGGCAUGCGCCACGUUCGACGAGAAGACUGCGCCGUUGAGGCGGCAGCGGCGAAGCUAUCGUUCAAGCCCCUCCUUCACGGACACGCCGCGCGGCGACGCGGGACCUAGCCCCGCGGCUGACGGCCCCUCCUCGGUCGGGCCCGGGCGCACGCCCCUCCUCCGCCGGCUGUUUGGCGGCAACCCCGGCGGGGCCCGCCGAUGGUCGGUCGGCUCCGCCCCCUCCUCCUUCCCACGUCUGCUCGGUAAAGCUCAGAGCUUCGACUGCCCCGCCUUUGCCGCCGCGGUCCGCUCUGGCCCCCCGGCGGCGGCGCGCCCCAACAGCACCCCGGCGCGCCGGGGAAACACAGGCGUGUUCAUCCGAGGUUUGGAGGUCAACAGCACCGAGGCGGUGGACUGCACCCUCCGCCCCGCCUGGGCGGGGCGCGGCUCCGGGGUGCCAGGGACCGAGAGUCCGGCCACGGAAGUCCGGGGAGACAGAAGGAGGUUGCGUCACAUCCUGGAGGAAAUGGUGACCACGGAGCGCCAGUACGUGCGCUCGCUGCGUUACGUCAUCCGUCACUACUUUCCCGAGAUGGAGCGCGCCGACCUCCCGCAGGAGCUGCGCGGCAAACGCUCGGUGCUCUUCGGCAACCUGGAGAAGAUUCUGGACUUCCACACUCGCUUCUUCCUGAAAGAACUGGAGGCCUGCAGGAAACAUCCGCUGCGAGCGGCGCACUGCUUCAUGAGACACCAGGAGCAGUUGAGUCUGUACGCCCUGUACAGUAAAAACAAGCCCAAGUCGGACGCUCUGCUGGCCAGUCACGGCCUCGCCUUCUUCAAGAGGAAGCAGCGCGAGCUGGGCGACAAGAUGGACUUGUGCUCGUACCUGCUGAAGCCGGUUCAGCGCAUGAGCAAGUACGCGCUGCUGCUGGAUGACCUCAUCGAGGAAGCGGGCCCGGGCCCAGAGGAGGAGCUGAGCGCGCUGCGGGCGGCCGCCGCCGGCGUCAAGUUCCAGCUGCGCCACGGCAACGACCUCCUCGCCAUGGACGCCAUCCGACAUUGCGACGUGGACCUGAAGGAGCAGGGGCGGCUGCUGCGCCAGGACCGCUUCACCGUCUGGAGCGGAAGGAAGAAGUGCGACAGACGGGUCUUCCUCUUUGACCAGCUCCUCCUCCUCAGCAAAGCCAAGAAGGUGGACAGCGGCCUGGACGUCUUUGACUACAAGCGCUCCUUCAAGACUUCGGACUUGGGCCUGACCGAGUCGAGGGGAGACGACGGCCUCUGCUUUGAGAUUUGGUUCCGAAGGAGGACGUCCAAGACACAGACCCUGACCCUGCGGGCCCCCUGCGCCCAAGUUAAAGACGCCUGGACGCGUGAGCUGGCCGCUAUCCUCUGGGCGCAGGCCGCCAUGAACAAAGAGGCGCGUCUGAAGGAGAUGCUGUCCAUGGGGGUGGGCAACAAGCCUUAUUUGGACAUCCGGCCCAGCGCCGCCGCCAUCAGCGACCGAGCCGUUCACCACGUCAGCGGGGUGCGAGGUGUCAGGACACGAGCGUCCAUCGCCGUCUCGGCCUCCGACGCCAGCGCCCCCUUCCGGCGAGCGGUGCCGACCUCCGAGCCCACGUGUAGCGGCCUGCUGGGCUCCCUCGAUCUGCACGUGUGGGGCGACGUGGCGCCGCCCUGCGUCGACGAAGACGAGCGGGAGCGCCACACCGCCGCCAGCCAGCUUUCCGUCGCCACUGAAAGUUCGGGCUCGUCGUCCCGUUGCCCGUCGGGGUCCGCCGGCUCCGACUCCGGCUGCGACUCCUUCCGCCCGCGGGACCCGAGCUCCGCCUCCUCAGGCUCCUCCCGCAAAGCCCUCCUUUUCAGGGGGCGGCGGCCAUCGUCGGUCCGGUCACCGACGUGUGAGCGCUUCGGACGACUUGUGCCGUCGCCGUGGCUGGCCACCGCAAUGACCGAUGUUGGGAAAGCUGCGACUCGAUGCAACUCGCCGCCGUUCCGUGCUCACUCUUGUGUCGUCUUCUGUUCAUGGCAUCUGCUGGCACUUUUUCACUCCCCACAGGAGUCUAAAUAAAUUCAAAACAUCGUAAGUCACAA